CAGGAUGCUCUUGUAUAUAAUAAUCAGUGCGUUGUUUAUUUCUGCCAAUGCAAACACCCUGAAUGAAAACAUUUAUACAUCAGUAGACUUUGGCAAUGUUCACAGUUUUCGAAUGAACAAUUUCAAUUCUCAAGUUGGCUGUCAAACAAGUAGAGAUGGCGAUGAUGGUGUUCUUUAUCAGUUUGAAUCAGUGGAAGAUGUAGAAAAUAACCUCCAGAAUCUUGAAGAACCCCUCAUUCCUGUAAUUAGUGGAUCUAUCUUUAAUAACAUCACUGCAUCAUUGUUUUUGAAGCAUUCAAAGACUAGAGGAUUACUUGUGCUAGAAGAUGAUGAGAUAGAAGUAGGCUCAUACUCACCCGAAAAAGCGUGUCCUGGAAAUGGGUUCAACCUUAAAGAAAAUGCUGAAGAAGUUGCUCCUCGUCAAUGUCUGAGUAAAAACAUCUGGAAUCCAGAUGGGAACUGGCUCUCAUACUAUGACUUUCCCUUUGGAGUAUUUAUCAUCAAAUCUAAGUCUCAGAAAGAGGUUAUUAUCAGCAAGGCCAAAGCAAACAAAGAAAACAGUUUACUCAAGUCCUAUCCAUUGUGGGGUGGGGAAGUUAAAGCUUUUAUGAAUUCAGCACAAAACACAGAUACAUGCAUGAGGCGUGGAACAUGUGAUCCCAUCGGUGGAGUGAAUAUAAAUGUUAACAUUAUUCCCAAAACCGAGGAUGACAAACGACCAAUUAUCCUAUUUGUCACAAAAGCUGAUGCAACUGCUUAUUUUAAAGACCUUAGUUUCGGAGGAAAAGACAGUGGAGCAAGUGUAGCAUUGCUGUUGGGUGUUGUUAAAGCGCUCUCCAAUGUUCGUGACAAUGACAAAAAUAACGACUUUAACAGUAUUUUGAAAUCAGAUUUCAUGGUAACCUUCCUUCAAGGGGAAAGUUUUGACUACAGUGGAUCUCAAAGAUUGGCAUAUCAGUUGAAAAACAAACAAUAUGGGAUGAAAGCUUACAACAUCUCUCUAGAUGACGUUAAAUGUAUAAUCGAGAUUGGUCCUAUCAGUAUUUCUAACGAACUCUACCUUCAUUCCACCCAACCUGACAGUGACGAAACUGUAAAAGAAAUUCAAGAUUUGUUUACCAAGUACACUGAAUCUACAGACUUCCAGUUCAAAAUUAGACGAGGAAUGCCACCUGCCUCAAUAAACAGCUUUCUCCGAGAAGACGAAACCAAAUCAAGUGUUCUGCUUACAGAUGGAGAUACUGAGCUGCUAUCACACGUGUUUGGUAGCAGAUAUGAUAUUUUAGAUAAUAACAAAGCAUUAACAACCAAAGUAAAAAAUCUGAUAAAAAUAAUUGGAAAUGUUGCCCUGCAGCUGGCAGGAGGAAAAGAGUCACCUCAAGUUGAAGUUGAAGAAAGUCUUGUUGGUGAGAUCUUGGAUUGCAUCCUUGUUAAUCAAAACUGCACUCUCCUUCAACGUCUUAGGCCCAAAACCUAUCAGUUACAUGAUGGGAGACUGAAUAGGUACUCAAGUGUGGGACAGAGAUCCAACUACAGCACAUCUUUACAGCUCCUGGCUCAAGAACUAAGCAAGAAGGAGUUUGACUUGACAAAAGAAAAGUGCAAUGCCACCUUCAUGAGCCCAUGGGUCCCUUAUUUGCCCCCUUAUUUGCUCGAUGACACAUGCUAUGGUAUAAUUAUUAAUCGGACUACUGCUCAAUCUCCUGCUUUCAAACUGAAAGAGUACAACAGCACAAAAUAUUCAACAUGGACUGAAAGUCGUUGGUCCCCCAACUUCCAAGUCCGUUUAUUCCUAAUGGCCUCUACAUCGGAGAAUACCACUAUGGGUUGUUGUGGACUUGUGUACUUUGUUGUAAUGUCAGCCCUUAUAUUUCAGUGCCAUCGGAGAAGUGAUCAGAUUUUUCCAUCGGCAAGUUAGAUGUCAAUCAUUUGAACUUAAUAUUUGAUUUGUUUUAUAAAAUUAUUCAUUUCAAAUUUUGCUACCACAACUAGCAUAACACAAUAUUCUUAGUUUAGAUACUCUCAAGUGCAGGCGCAAUUUUAAAACACUUAGAUCUUUUAGUUUGCUGGCACAUUUUCAAGAUAAUGAUUUAUCGUUGGGUGAAUAUUUAUUUUUUUAAUCAUCGCUGGCUUUUUCCGUCCACGAAUUUGAUAGCUGGUUUGAGAGCUAUACGCUAUACAGGGAUGCAGUUAAUUUUGAAUUUAACUUUCCGCUUAGUCGUGAAUAAAUAUCGAUUGGAAGUGGUUACAAUGUUUUACCGUAAUAGUAUGAUGGUUAUUUUACGGUUCUAGUCAUUAUGCUGAAGGUUUGGAAACACAGGUAGGAUCAAAGUUCACAAAAGGUUGAACAAAUAAACGCUUAAUGAAAUAGUGCAAGUAAUCAUGCAAUUCAACAACUGAUUCCGUUUUAAUUAAUAUUUGAAAUAUUUGAUUGAUCAAAUUAUCUGAUCUGAGUCAAAACAGACACCCGAGUCGGGUGUCUGUUUUGACUCAGCCCCCGUAUCUUCAUACCAGAAAAUACACUCGGGCUGGGAUAUCCAGAGCACUUUUGAUUUCAUAAGUUCUGUAGUAUCAAGAGAUUUAUAAGACAAUUAGCUAGACUUGUUCUGUUAUUUCUGUAACAGUGCUGACUUUUCUUCACAGAUAAUCAGAUAGCCAAAUUAUAUAAUUGAUGUAACAAAAGUGCGUGGUAAUUUUUAGUAUUUGUUGAACAUUAUUUUGUAAUUAUC